GGUACCUAAUCUUAGGUAGAUUCUCGGUAGCCUUUGAGCACGGACCUCUGCAACUUUGGAAAUUCAAUUGGACGAAGUUUUGAAGCUCUCGCCAAUCUUCAAUUCAAAGCAAAUUUAUACUAAAAAAAUAAAUAAAAAAAGAGUAAGGCCGCACCCAACAGCAGGGCAACAUCACUGAGGGCUUCUCGAGGGCAUAAUAAACCGGUAAUAGGCAUAAGGAUCCUCGAAGUCGUUAACAGAGAUGCCGCCACGAAUCAAUGGCUCGGCGCGGGGCAGUAUAAGUCGAGCCCUUCGAAGAACAAUAAACCCCCAAAGGCCUACAGCCAUCUUCCUACAAAGCUCGUGUGAUGCUUCGAGGCACUAUGCAAGUGCUUCCGCUUCCGCAUUACCCCUUGGAGGUUUAAGACUUCCCGAUAACUAUGUCCCACCUACUCAGCCCCCGAGCGCACGGCGACCAGAGGAGCGAAAAACCCAACUCCUCCGAUCUUAUACCGCUCUUCUCCGUUCGACGCCCAUAAUCCUAUUCUUCCAACAUAACAACCUUACCGCGGUAGAAUGGGCUGCUGUACGACGGGAGCUACGCCUGGCCCUUGCUAAUGUUCCCCCGCCCGUCGCAGGCCCGACUGAUAGUAAUGGCGUCCCCAUAGAUAUUGCGUCGAAAAUCGAGCUGCAGGUUCUUCGCACGCGCAUCUUCAACGUCGCUUUCAAGAUAGUCGAGUUCUUCGACCCCGCGGCGCAGCCUUCCAAAUCCAACGCCUACAAGCACGAUCUAUCAGCUACGGCCUACAAGACUAUAUCGGAGGCCAGCAAGGCUGCCGAUGAGAAUUCGAAAUACGCCCAGGUUGCCCCGCUACUCGUUGGUCCCGUCGCGGCUGUGACUUUCCCGGAUGUGUCUCCGGCCCAUCUAGCGGCCGUGUUGUCGGUUCUAGCGCCUUCGCCGCCGGCAUUCCCGCCUCCUUCGCGCAAGAAGAACCCGGGUUACUACGAUCCGACGGCGCAGAAUGCGUUGCAGAAGUUAAUCCUAGUGGGUGGUCGCAUAGAGGAUCGGGUAUUCGACCUCGAGGGUGUUAAAUGGGUCGGCGGCAUCGAGGGCGGUCUCGACACCCUCAGGGCGCAGUUCAUCUCCAUGCUCCAGAGCGCUGGUCUGGGUAUUACGACGGCGUUGGAAGGCCACAGCAAGGGAUUGUGGCUUGCGCUGGAGAGCAGGAGGACGCAGCUCGAAGAGGAGGCCAACGGAGGUGCUAAGAAGGAGGAAGAAACGAAGGAAGAGACGAGCUCAUAGAUUACAUGUCGUAUGGAUUUCGUAUAGCAAUAAGUUAUACGGCCUGGACCUGGAGUACGUGUCGUCGGCUUAAAAGUGUAUUAAAAAGUUACGGAUGACAUGUGUGGUAUUUAUUAUACUACUGUAUAUUUUAUUGUAUCCUGGAUUUUACUGCAUUUAUGAUUUCAGUAUCCAGGACCUCGUCACUUCACAAUUACCUAUGACGUUCUUAUACCAAGUUCAAUAAUGCAAGUUUCUUAACAG